AUGUCAGAUAUAUUUUUGGACACUGAGAUGGAUGAGCAAUACCAGGAGGACGAUGACAUUAACCAACAAGAAGAGCUAGUUUGUGACCAAAAUAUGAUGGAUGAACAGAAUGAAUUCGAACAAGAUUUCGGAGAUGAAUUUACUGAGGGAGCGUAUUUUUCUGAAUCUGAUCAGUCAGAAGAUACCCUUGAAGCUGUUUAUGCGGUUGACUCUGUACAAGACAUUACAACUUUGAAUUUCAGUGAAAACUGUGCAGAGGAAAUUGGUAAAUAUUACUUUUCUACUUUGCAGCUUGCAUUUGAUUUUUAUCUGAAGUACUCAAAGUCGAAGGGCUUUAGUGCAAGGAAGAGUAAGACUUUCAAAAAUAGUAUUGGUGAGAUUUACAAACCAAAGUUUUUAUGUCAUAGGCAAGGAUUCAGGGAGAAAAAAUAUUACGCGAUGGAAAAAAGGAAGAAGGAACCUAGAUUGGAAACAAGAACUGGGUGUGAAGCCCGAAUGGAUGUUAAAUUUGUACCAGAAAUUGGAAGAUGGCAUAUCUUUUAUUUCUCUGACAAACACAACCAUGAUCUAUUGGAUACACAAUUCAGUGCUAUGCUGCCUGCCCACAGAAAAAUGUCAGAGGCAGAUAUUAUGCAAAUGAUGAACAUGCUAAAGUCCGAGAUUAGCACUUCACAGAUAUUUGGUCUUCUAGCUAGUCAAGCAGGCGGGUAUAAAUUUGUUGGCUAUGGUCCCAAAGAUAUGUACAAUGAGAUUUCUCGGCAAAGGCGUCAAAUUUCUGGUGAUGCAUCACGAGUGUUGAAGAAGUUGGAGGAUAUCCGGUUGAAGGAUCCACAAUUAUAUUUCAAGGUAUGUCAUGAUUCAAGAGGUUUGUUAUGUAACUUGUUCUGGUCUGAUGGGAUUAGCCAACUAGACUACCAACUCUUUAGGGAUGUUAUUGCUUUUGAUGCUACGUAUAAGAAGAACAAGUAUAGUUGUAUAUUAGUCAUAUUCAGUGGGGUUAACCACCACAACCACACAAUUGUUUUUGCUACUGUGUUAAUUGUGGAUGAAACUACUGAUACAUAUAUUUGGCUCCUGCGUCAGCUCAUGUUUGCAAUUGAAGGGUAA